AUGGAUUGCUUCAUGGAUUCUAAUGCCGAUGGAUUGAUUGGAUGUUACCAUCAUAAUGCCAUGAUGCCGGACCUUGUCUUUAAAAAGCCUUGUAAUAUCUCGAUAUGCUGA